AUGGAGGCGGUGGCGCUACAUCCAUUCACUGCAACAGCCGAUGAUGAACUGAGUUUUAGGAAAGGGCAGAUUUUAAAGAUUUUGAGCACAUUUGAAGACAAGAAUUGGUACAAGGCAGAACUCAAUGGGAAAGAGGGAUAUGUACCUCAUAAUUAUAUUGAAAUGUAUCCCCAUUCAUGGUAUGUAGGUAAAGUCUCUAGAACAAAGGCCGAAGAAAUGCUGUUACGAUCAGAGCAACCAGAUGGGGCAUUUCUUGUGCGGAAUAGUGAAAGUGCCCCAGGAGAAUUUUCCAUCAGUGUUAAGUUCCAGAAUGGCAUCCAACAUUUCAAGGUGCUGAGGGAUGGUGGGGGCAAGUAUUUCCUGUGGGUGGUCAAAUUUAACUCCAUCAACGAACUGGUGGAGUACCAUAGGAAGGCCACAGUCAGUCGGUCACAUGACAUUUACUUCAAGGAUAUGGUUCGGCCAAGUCUGGAGGUUCAGCGAGUACGUGCUAUUUACGACUUUGAUGCUCAAGGAUGCGAUGAACUCGGUUUUCGUAAAGGAGAUAUUAUUAAAGUCACCCAGAAAGUCGACGAGAGCUGGUGGCGGGGUGAACUCAACGGCCAUGAAGGGAUGUUCCCUGUUACCUACGUGGAGCGUUUACCUGAUGAUCAUCACUAG